CCAGAAAUCAUUAAAUUUACCCACUUUUCUGGACUGUAUUUAAUGUUUUAGUACAUCUAUACUAUAGCAGUAGAUAUAUCUCUGUUCUCUCAGAGUCUCAGAACAGUAUCCUCAUACUUAAACAUGGUUAAAAACGGUCUUCCUUUGCACCUCACACUUGUCUGCUUCUUGCUUCCUCUACUUCAGCUCACAAAAUCAGCACCCGAUGGUGCACUGGUCACUCGGAUUCCUGGCUUCAAUGGCACUCUCCCUUCAAAGCACUAUGCUGGGUAUGUGACGAUAGAUGAGACCUCUGGGAAGAAACUGUUUUAUUACUUUGUGGAGUCUGAAAGAAACCCAUCCAAGGAUCCAGUGGUGCUGUGGCUCAAUGGGGGGCCUGGCUGCUCUAGCUUUGAUGGCUUUGUCUAUGAACAUGGACCUUUCAAUUUUGAGCUAGGGAAGACAAGUGGUAGCUUGCCCACUCUGCAUCUUAAUCCUUAUAGCUGGACCAAGGUUACCAAUAUUAUAUAUUUGGAUUCUCCUUCUGGUGUUGGAUUAUCCUAUUCAGACAAUGAAACUGACUACAUAACGGGCGACCUAAAGACUGCUUCUGAUUCCCAUACCUUCCUCCUCAAGUGGUUUGAGCUAUAUAAAGAGUUCCUUCCCAACCCGUUUUUUAUAGCCGGAGAAUCUUAUGCUGGAGUAUAUGUGCCAACUCUAUCUUAUGAAGUAGUACAAGGUAUUGAUGCUGCUGUAAAGCCGGUUCUAAACUUUAAGGGUUACAUAGUGGGGAAUGGAGUAACAGAUGACGAGUUCGAUGGUAAUGCUCUUGUGCCAUUUGUACAUGGAAUGGGCCUGAUCUCAGAUACAUUAUAUGAGGAAGUUAUAGCUGAAUGCCAUGGAAACUACUAUGAUCCCGACAGUAGCACUUGUGAGAACAAGCUUGCAAAAGUUGAUGCAGAGAUUGCGGGUUUAAAUAUAUAUGACAUUCUAGAGCCAUGCUACCAUGCCAAAGAAUCUAGUACGAUCAUGCAUGUAAAUCCAAAUUUACCAUUGAGCUUCCGAAAACUUGGAGAGACUGAAAGGCCUCUUGCUGUAAGAACCAGAAUGUUUGGCCGUGCAUGGCCUCUUAGGGCUCCUGUAAGAGAUGGAAUUGUCCCAACCUGGCCUCAGCUUCUUCAAAGUGGCAAUGUCCCGUGCACUGAUGAUACAGUUGCCACUGCGUGGUUGAGCAGCCCCGAAGUGAGGAAAGCCAUUCAUGCAGAACAAGAAGCACUCACCGGUCCUUUUGAGCUAUGUACAGAUAAGAUUACUUUUACGCAUGAUUCUGGAAGCAUGAUCAAGUAUCAUAAAAAUCUAACCUCCCGGGGUUAUCGGGCACUUAUAUUCAGUGGUGAUCAUGAUAUGUGUGUACCAUAUACUGGGAGUGAAGCGUGGACAAGGUCAGUUGGAUAUAAGAUCAUCGAUGAGUGGAGGCCUUGGAUUGUGAAUGAGCAAGUUGCAGGGUAUAUUCAAGGUUAUGACUACAACCUCACCUUUCUCACCAUUAAGGGUGCUGGGCACACUGUCCCGGAGUACAAACCUAAGGAGGCGUUGGCAUUUUAUACCCGCUGGCUCGAGGGAAAGAGCAUAUGAAACAUUAGAUACUAUAGUGAAGUUGAUUAUUUCCUUUGAAAAAUAAGGAAUGUUUAUCCUCUAUUAUUUGGGUGAUUUUCGAGUUUGGAAAGAAACCAUAUCUUUCCUGAGAGGGGUUAGGAGAGAACAAGACUGUGAAAAUGUAUUGUGAAUAAAAUUCUUACUUUAAGGAACCCAUAGAGGUUUCAAUGUUCUGACAGUGUGAAGUACUGUGAAUUCUGCAAUUAUAGUUUAUGUAAUACUGAAAGAAUUGAUCUUCAUA